UCCAAACGAACACACGUCUAAAGGUUGCUGUUGUUCCCAAUGAAUUUGCUUGAGCAAGCUGAAAGUGACGGAGAUACUUUUCACGAGCACUCCGACGUCCACUUUCAAAUGUCUUGUGAUCUGAUGAAUGAAUAUCUGAAACCGCAGAGAGGUGAAAGUAUUCUUGACUUUGGUUGCGCUACCGGAAGGCCUGCAGUAGAGUUAGCAUCGAGAGUCGGUAAAUCAGGACGAGUAGUCGGUGUAGAUAUCGACGAGAGAAGAAUAGCGUUAGCUAGAGCAGAGCUAAUCAGAUUACACAGCAGUCACGUGCCACUAACAUUUGUACAGGGAAGUAUAAAAGAAGCGAUGAGACUUGGACCGUUUGAUGGAACCUUGAGCAACAUGGUAUUUCAAUGGAUUAAACCUGUCGAUCGUUCAAUUAUUAUGAAAGAUAUUUAUUCAAGUCUGAAACCCGGUGGUCGAUUUGUAUUUCUCGUAUUUCCUACCCAGACUCAAGACAGAUUUAUUUUCAAAGACAUUCUUUCUCUAUUAUCGCCUUCAGGAAGUCUGGGCUCGGUCUGGGGCAUCUAUCUUGAGUCAGUUUCAACCUGGUUGCAGCUCUGUACUGAUGUUGGAUUUGAUAUAGAGAUGUCUGAUGUCAAAAUGGUCGAAGGGGAAGAGCCGACUGUCGAAGAUCUGGUUGCACUGGUGGAAGCUGCUGUUCCAGCUUUCAAAUCUUAUAUGUUGAGUGAGAAAGACGUGGAACGUCUCAAGCAGCUGUACAGGUCAGGUUCUCAUGAGAAAAUUCGAUAUCAAUGCAGAGUGUUUACAGUGUUGGCAAGGAAACCUUUAUAAUAUCUUAAGUGAAUUAAUAUUAAAUAGAAAUCAAUUGUGUUUUGAGUAGUAGAGUAACUGGUUUACGGGUGGUUUCUUUGUUUAAUUUCAUUUUCAAAAUGGCAGUAGGACCAAGAUAGAUGAGAUAGGCAAAGAGACAUUAAUAAUUGUAUUAAUUCUCCGGUCCAGCGAGCAUUAUCAACUGGUGUUAUUCAGUUCAGAGUAAAGUCUCGACCAGAGCUCCUGCUCUUCAUUUUUCUGUUCUGAGAUUGCUUGACAUGUAGUGUCAUAACUAUUAUCUGGAGUAGAAAAUAUCUCCUCCGUCCAUGUUGGUCAAACCUUCAGGGAGCACUUUUAGGGAAGGCAAAAGUGCAUGAGCUUAUAUACGUGUUUUGUUGCUUAUACAUGUAGUGUUGAAUUUGCA